GGCGGAAACCUCCAUCUGCCCUGCUCGGUGACCGACCCGUCAUCCUCGGGCUCGGGGAACAGACGGAUCGUCUCCUCGCUGUUGUCAUUUUUUUAAUUUUAACUUUCACAUCUCUGGAUGAGGAAACCGCGGGGAGAUGAUGUGACCACGGGAAAAGCGAGAGGAAAUUUAACACGGAGCAGAUCUUCAGUCUAUAUAUAGGCUAUGCCCCGGACUGCACCACCACCACCACCUGCCCCCCCUGGUGCCGAAAAUGAAGCGUGGGUCGAGUGUGUUGCAGCCUCACUCUGCUGCAGCCAAACGACACGCACACCCUGCAAACACACACACAAAGACACACACAGGCGAUGACGCACAAGCCGCAGGUUCGAGCCCCUUCCCAGCAGCCACCUCUCUGUUCAGCCCUGAUGUCAGCACCAAGAUGGCGUCUGACCUCCUCAUCAGGCUGUCAGAGGCCACCCAGAAGGCCCAGAUGCAUCCUGGGAGCCGAGAGGAAGCGGAGCAGCAGGAUGAGCCAGGCGUCGCUCUCUCACCGGACAGCCCCGGGGCGAGUCCCGAGCCACCGUCCCUCACGCACACGCCUGACGGCAAUACCGCUACGGACACGCUAGCUUCAGAUCUGCUCCGGAAGCUAGCAGAGCGUCAGGAAGUGAAUGGCCAUGUGGUGAGACUCAAAGAAGAAGAAGAGCCAAUGGAAGUCGACACAGUAGCCCAGAGUCAAAUAGUAACAGAAGACGUUGCUCUGCCUGCCCCGAAAAUGGUCAAUCAUCACAUCUUCAGUGUUAAAACAGAAGAUCGGGGCCUCACUGGGAACAAGGUGGCUGAGGAGUUGCACCCCAGAGCCAAAAUGGCAGACCGGUGUCUCUUUGGCCUUAAAGUAGAAGGCAAGUUCUGUGCUGAAGGAUGCCCGCCUGUCUCUGCAAUGGCAGACAGUGCAGUCUCUGGAGCCAAACAGUUUCACUUUCAAGUGAACAUGGAGGAUGUCUCUGGAACUAAGAUGUCGGACCACCUUCUAACUGGAGCCAAGACGGAGGACCAGCUUCUCUUUAAAGCAAAGUUUGCCGAGCGGCCUUUCUCUGGAGUCAAGGUGACCAACAAGUUUCUCUCUGGAGUCAAAACGGAGGACAAGUUUGCUUCAGGGGCCAAGAUGGAGAACCAGGUUUUCUCCGGGGUGAAGAUGGAGGAGCAGCUCUUCUUUGGAGCCAAGAUGGAAGACCAAUUUACCUCUGGAGCCAAGAUGGCUGACCAGUGCCUCAGAGCAGUGCUGUGGCAGGACAUGUCAGUGAACCUGGCGUCCACACUGCUGCACCAACUGUCAGAGAGGGUCAGUAAGUCCAACAGUCAGCUGGUGGACAGGAUGACUCCACCCAUCAGAAGCAGUCCUGUUUUGAAGGGUAACGACGACCAGCGCCGCUCUUCCCCGGCAGUGAUCAGCUCCCAAACUCCUCCACUUGAAACCCAAACCAGCCUCAGCAGACACCAAACCACAGGUUGCUCUUACUUUUUCAGGUGUCACGUGUGCGGUUUUGAGACCGAAGGACAGGCCCUUUUCCAGAGUCACAUGACCGAACACCGCCAAUGGGAGCACAGAUCCUUCUCGCUGCACUGCUGCGUGUGCGACCACUCGACCAAUCAGGAGGCAGAGAUGAGGGCUCACGUCUGCACGCACAUUCAGGGCGAAGUGAGAUGCCCUGUUACCCUUCCUGCCACAGCCUCCACCUCCAGCAGCGGUGCUCGUUCAGUUGCCACGGCAACCCAGCCGGAGACAAGCACCUCAGAGCAUCGCUGCCGCAUCUGCCAGAGGUCGUUUCCAGGGCAACAGGAGCUGCUGGUUCACUUCCAGGGUCAUCGCCAGGGCAACCAGUACCGCUGCGACCGGUGUGGCCACCUGACCCGGACAGCCAACAAGCUGGUGGAACACGUGCGCGUGCACACGGGGGAGCGACCGUUCACCUGUGACCUCUGCCCCUACAGCGCCAAGCGGCGGGACAGUCUGCGCCUGCACUGCAAGGUCAAACACGCUGCGCACUUCUUCAACGGGGGCGCGACGGACGCACCCGCCGACGUGCAUACGCACCGGUCAUACGUGCAUGCAGACAAUCAGCGCUCGAACAAGCACGUCCAGCGGCUGCACACACCGCCAAGCGCUCACACUGCUGCAUCCUCCUCCUCUGUUCCUCCUCUUCUUCUUCAUCCAUCGCUGUCCGACCGUGCUGGAUGGAGGGAUUUGUCUCCUCUCCUCCCGAUCACGACCCUCAUCUCUCUGAAACAGCGCUCUCCUUCAUCUUCCUCCUCCUCCUCUUCAUCUUUCUCUACCAAACACUCUUUUCUUGGUUACCUCGGCCUGACAACUUCUUUGUAAAGCCUCCCUGCUUUUGGUCCUCCUCUCUUCGUCUCCUUCUCUUCUAAUUUCUCCUCUUCCUCUUCUUCCUUUUCUCUUCUAUCCAUCCUCUGGACUCUUAAAGCGAUGGAUGUAAAGCUCUGUAAUGUAUCCAAGGUACUGUCAUUCAGCACUAUGUAUGAGAAUGUCAAACAGCACUGAAAACACACCGAUAAGGAACGUUUUUGAAUUUAUUCAACUUUUGCAUCAUGCUCGUGAUUUUUGCUGCAUUCCUGCCUGCUUUAGCCCGUCAUAUAAUCACUGAACUCUUAGCUAUUUAACCGUGUGACAUAUUUAUUGCCUGUCUCUCUUGUCCUCCAGAAACCUUGAACUUAAAAAGUCGAAUUUUAUUAUAAAUUGUUCUAAUCAGAAACACGAGAUGCUGUGAAGUAAGGGUCAUUUAUUGAGAUGAUGAGAUAAUGUUGAGGGUGAGAUAGUUUGUUUUUCUUUUAAAACACAACGUGUUUUUUAGACAUUUUCUUUAAAAAAGCAGCGGACUUCAAAAAAACAUGAUUAAAGGAAGAAAAUAAGAGUUGACAGCAUUUCUAGCAGCUCUUUAAGGCAAUAUCUAUAUGAAGGUUUACUUAACUGUUUACUUUGAGUUCAGCAUGCUAACUGUUCCACAGUACAAUGCUAAUAUAGCAGGUAUGAUGCUAAUCGUAUUCUAUGUUCUUAUUUUGUUAUGUGAACAUGCUAACUUUUGCUAAUUAUCGGCAGUGAGAACAAGCUACUGCUACUACUGAGAAUGUCCUUAGUUCGGUAUGCUUAUAUGUUAAUUUUUGCUAAUUAACCGCUGAGGCUAAUGGAAAUGUCUUUAGUUUUAUUGUUGUAUUAUUUGCUUAUUGCUGCUGAGACUUCGAACUUUUUUACUUGGUAUAAAUGUCUUUAGUCUAGCUUUUUAGCAUGGUAAUGAUGGCGAUUUAACACUAAAAAAAUGCAGUUCAGCUAAGAGUUAUAUAUAUAUAUAUAUGUCUUUAAUUUAGAUUGUUACUGCGCUAAUAUUUGCAAUUUAUCACAACAAACAAUGCUGCUUAAAUUGAUGAGAAGGGUGUUAGUUUAACAUGCUGUUUAGCACUAAACACAAUAUACAAGUGAGGCUGAUGGGAAUGCCUUGUGCUGAUUUUUAGCAUUGAUAAUGUUGGCCAUAUCUUGCUGUGGCAUGUGAACAUGCUAACCUUUGCUAAUUUGCACUAAAAGAAAUCACCACUUAGGCUGAUGGGAUAUUAUCAGUUUAUCAUGCUAAUUUGCACGAAUGAUGCAUUCCAGUUGAAGUUGGAAUUUCCAAGUUCCCAGUUGGAAUUGGACCCCCCUCUCAAGUUGGAUUUCCAAUAGAAAGUGAGACCAGCCCCACCAACCCGACUUCUCAAUCCCAAAUGGUGGCUCCGAAUCGCUUCGUAAAACUUUCAUUCGUGCUACCAGUGUUGUGUAUCUGUGCCUGACUCUAGCCUCAAAUGUGUUGCAGGGGCGUUUUAAGUGCAAAAACACAAGCGUUGCACUGUGUUAAUAGUGAUGCACGAAUGGCUCUACUUUGCUUAGAAGCAAAACUAAUCCUGGUAUCCCUUGCUUUUCUGACUUUAGUACUGGAAUACAUUCAAAUGAGGAGUGACAUCACUCCCAGCAUUGACAACCGACUUCUGAGUUAAAUGGAUUCACCAUAAAAAUAAGCUAUUGAUGUUACUGGGAUUGAGAAUGUCUUUAGUUUUGUGUGUUACGUGCUAACCUUUCAGUUUUGUAUAGGCUCAAAGGGAUGUCUGUAGCAUGUUAGUAUCUUAAACUUUCGAAGUUAGUACUAUUCACACGCAAUAUUCCUGAGGGGGUUUGAAACUGCAUUACUUUAGGGUGCUAACAUGAUCAUUUCCACUGAAGUUAUGAGAAUAUAAUUAUGGUGCAUUCCAGAUUAAGUCGAACUUUCAGAAUUCCCUGUUGGAAUCGUUGUCUCAAACACCCCCUGAACCUGGAGUUCCAACUGAUAAAGUGGGAGAAACCCCUAUAUAAAAAUCGAAAAUGGUGGCAGUGAAUGGAAAAAGUAGUGAAAAUGUAAUACUUUCUAUCUGUGCCACUACUGACUUGCUAAAUAAGCCAUAUACAGAGCAGUGAGAACGCUCUGUCCGUGAACGUGCUGCAGCUACGUUUUUAAGCACAAAAACCAAACAUUAUGCUGUGUUCCUAGUGAUGACAUGAAUGACUGCUUUGCUAAGAAACAAAACAAAUCCUGUUUGUCGUGCUUUUCUGACUUUAGUACUGAAAUAGACUAACUCUGGAAUAACUUCACUCCAGAGUUCUGAAUUAACUGGAAUGGGACAUUACCGUAGGGUAUUAGCAUGCUAACACUGGCUAAUGAAAGCAAAAAAAAACACACAGCAAGGCUAUCAGUCCUCAGCUUAUUGCG